AUGCUUUCUGCGGAAUCUUUUACUGCAAAUUCGAUUUGGUUUUAUAGAUGCAUAUACAAAAACAUUAAUUCGCAAGUUUGGACAAUUUCUGCAACCACUAGUUCUAAACUACUCUGCGAGGAGUCCAUUUUCAUCCACUGCGUGACUGAAUCAAAUAACGUUUUUACGAUUUCAACAGGAACAGCUAUUUUACAAACAAUCUGCUACGAGAACUGUUACUCAACAAGUGAUGAUAUGGCAUUAAUAACUGCACCAUCUUUAACACUUAAAACUUUUUCACUUUAUAACCCGAGUGAAUCUGAUCCAAUUGCCUUUUUCUCAUUUAACUAUGGUAGUAGUGAUUCAACAAUUACAUCAUAUGGAAACGUUACGAGUACAAAAAGUUAUUCGUUCUAUUCUACUUCCAAUUCUCAAGCAAAACUACAAUAUUCAUGCAUUGUAUCAACACAGUGUAUCAAAGAUAGUAAUAAUUAUGCCCAAGUUUUAGCUUUUAAUGUUGGAUAUUUUCAAUUUGUUGAUGCAUUAUCAAAUUCGUACGCAAGUGCAUAUAAUCUUAAGUACGCAACGUUUCGUGUUACAACAAUUACAAUGGAUUCUUGCUGCCUCAAAGAUAAUACAUUUCCAUAUGAUAUUACUACGUCAAGUGGAACAAUAACGAAUACAUACGUAUCAAAACCUAUUCGAGGGAUAGUUUACACACCAAUUCGUGAUAGUGCUACUCAUAACAUUGGCAAAAUCUUAUGUUUUGAUGUAACUCCUAUGGCAACAGAAACUCCAACCCCUGCUCCAACACCAACUCUUAUGCCUACGCCAUCUUUGAUGCCUACACCUUCUUUGGAGCCAACUCCGUCUGAUAUUCCAACAAGAUCUUUACUUCCAACUCGAACUCUAAAUCCUGCGACUCCUCUUCAAACUGAAGUACCACCAGAGACACCAUUACAAACAAAUAUUCCACCAACUGAUAAUAUCAUUGUUGCACCAACAAAAAAACAAUUUGGACUCCCUGCAAUAAUGGGAAUCACUGUUGGUACACUUGCUGUUAUUGCUCUUGUUGUGAGUAUAGUUAUAUUUACUUGGAAAUUUGGUUUUAGGAAGAAAAUUGAAGAUGCAGUAUCAGAAUCAGAAGUUACGGAUUCUGAUGAAUAUGAGUAUGAAGAUGAGUGA